AAGCUAGCUGGGUUAGGUUACACCCAUGUUCACCAAAACAAGUGAAACAUUCGAGUACCGACCAGUUCGGUUUUCAUUUAUUUGUGUUAGAUGAUUUCAAAUCUAGUUCGGGUUGAGUUUACCUCCAUAACUCGGUGGAAACUAGUGGAUAUUCAACCUAACGCUGACUAUAUAAGGUGAGGGAGUGCCCAAGUGGUCAUGCUCAACACACUACUGGACUGACACACAAGCUGUGGUGGACUGACAUGAAAUCAUCCCCCUGACCCCUCUGGGUUUUUACCUGCUGGGUACCUGUGGUCCUGAGUUACGGUGCACUAAAAUGGCCAACGAAGGACCCAUGAGGCAUUCUUUUUGGCGUUUCCUCACCCCGUUCAGAAAUAGUAAGGAGCGUGUGGUGUUGGCCCGCAGUGAGAGUAUGUCAGGGGAGCGUGUACUGAAGAUCACUAUCACAGAGACCACAGUGAUCGAGGCAGACUCUGGGGUCUGGAACUCACGGUCCCUGGCCUAUCUGGGCCUCUGGUACUUCUUCAGCUUCUGCACACUUUUCCUCAACAAGUACAUCCUGUCGCUGCUGGAAGGGGAACCCAGCAUGUUAGGUGCGGUUCAAAUGCUGUCCACAACUGUCAUAGGCUGCUUCAAGAUGUUUGUGCCUUGCUGCUUGUACAAGCACAAGCCCAGGGCAGAGUUCCCACCAAACUUCUUCAUGAUCAUGUUGUUUGUAGGGCUCAUGAGGUUUACUACUGUGGUGUUGGGACUGGUGAGUCUUAAAAAUGUGGCGGUGUCCUUUGCAGAAACAGUGAAGAGCUCUGCCCCCAUCUUCACUGUGAUUAUGUCACGACUCAUCCUAGGGGAAUACACAGGGCUGUGGGUGAACCUAUCUCUCUUCCCUGUCAUGGCUGGCCUCGCCCUCUGCACAGCAACAGAGGUCAGCUUUAACAUGCUGGGCUUCUCUGCAGCCCUCUCCACCAACAUCAUGGACUGUUUACAGAAUGUAUUCUCUAAAAAACUACUGAGUGGGGACACAUAUAAAUUCAGUCCUCCAGAACUGCAAUUCUACACCAGCGCAGCUGCAGUGAUAAUGCUCAUACCUGCUUGGAUUUUUCUCCUGGACAUUCCAGUGAUUGGGAAGAGUGGGAAGAGCUUCAACUUCAGUCAGGAUGUUAUUCUGCUGUUGCUGUUUGAUGGGGCCCUUUUCCAUCUCCAAAGUGUUACUGCCUAUGCACUAAUGGGACGCAUCUCCCCCGUCACUUUCAGUGUUGCAAGCACAGUCAAACACGCCAUGUCCAUCUGGCUAAGUAUCAUCGUUUUCAGUAACCACAUCACUGUGCUUAGUGCCUUCGGCACAGUCUUGGUGUUCUUUGGAGUACUGCUUUACAAUAAGGCCAAGCAGAUCCAGAGGAAAAUCUUGUAUUCUCUAGCUUCUGAGCACGCCCAGAAGCCUCUGCUGCAAGACCAUGACAUUAAAGCUUCCCAGUCCUAGACUGCUCCAGACUGAAAGGGGGGAAAGCUGACCAACAAGAUUGAGAGAAGGGAAGUCUAUGCAUCUCUUUCAACUUGGAAAAAUAUUAACCUUGAUGAUGCUGUCAAAACAAAUGAAUUGCAUACGUAACAUUUGCAAGAGGUAAGGAAGAUGGAACUAGUCGCCAAUUGGGUUUCACUGACUAGAAACAUCCUUUUGAGUUCCUGGUUCCGGGUAUUGACCACCAUUCCGUAUGUUCAUGCUUUGGUUCCAAUGUGAACUUGCCUUUGGUUGUUUUUAUAGGUCUACGUUUGAUAAAGGUUUGUUCUACCAUACAAACCUGUGGAACUUGUUUAUUCAUAUUAAUGGAGGCUUAUAACUCAGGAUUUCUCAUUUGAUUUUGUGUUUUAUAGAAACAGUGCAAGUCUGUUUUUUUUUUACUCACUUGCCUUUAUACAUGUAUGUCUUAAGAUGUUUGGGUAUGGGCACAACACAACAAAAAAUGUGUUCCUGAGAAUGUGAAAAGAAAUCCAUCACCCAACUUGUUUAUUGCAUCUAUUCACCAAAAAGCUAUACAUUCAAAGGAAAUAUUCACAACAUAUUUGGCACCAUAUAUUUUUUAAAGUUGUGCUCUGCCUUCAAGAUAUGGUACAGAGAGCUGUCUUUUAACUGUUAGCCUUAGCUAGCUUCUCUUUGACACAGACGUUUUACAGCAGCUUGCGACAUAGGUGAAUUACCUACUUUCCUAUAGGAGAGUAAAUAUUAUUUUAUUCACAAUAUUUUUUUUCCACAAUUUUGCAACCAUUAGAACACAGACCAUUUAUUUUGGAGAAUUUGAUGGACCAAAAUCUGUUCCCCUAUGAGGUACCAAUGGUCCCAUAUACCUUUAGUUCAGAGCAGAGAAUUAACCAAUUAUCUACUGGUCUUUUUCAAUUUCUUUAAAUGUCUCAUUGUUUCUGUAUUUUAAUUGUUGUGUGUAUUUUGAUCACUCUGAUAGUGAUAAUGUUCUCAACCAUGUUCAUGUCUUGUGUGUUAAAUAUGUUUGCUUUCCAAUCGGGUUCUUUUGUUGCAUCUCCAAAGAUGCUUGGCUUUGUCAAUACAUUAACACAGUUCCUAAUUGUUAAAUAUUUGAAAUAAGAAAUUGCUAUUACAGGUGAUGAAUAACUAAUAAACCACUAAACUGAACCAAUGCUAUCUGUUGCUCAGGUCAUGGUCAAUCUCUUUUAUUAUAACUGUAAUUAUUGAAUUUUUUUCAAUCAUUCAUCUCUGGCUGAAAUGAGUUCUGGGUUAUUUUGUUUAUGGCUUGAAAUGAAAAAGUUGGAUGGUAUUAAACAGAACGGACCCCUCUUUGUGAGAGGAAAUUGUCAUAAAAAUGUGCCCCUUUCCUUGUUUGAAUUGUACUUGAAUGUAUGUAUAUUUCCAAAAAUGUGGUUCAACAACUUGAUGCUAUAAUAUCACUGAACUCAUGUUUGUACAUGACUACUAUUAUGAGUUUUUUUUACUGUAUUUGAUGUGGACAAGACUGUCAACUUUUGUAAUCUUGCUAAUUAGAUUUUUUUUUCUAUCUUUGUUCUAUUUUAUUUGCACAUAACUCGUACUUUUUACAGCUGUUCUUGUACAGUUUGGGGUUGUUCUGUUUGUUCUUGCCAAAAUGUGCUUUCCACUGAUGGAUUGUUGUUGAUAAGAAUACUGUGAAUGUUUUAGACUAUGUUAAUCAAAAAAAACAUUUCAUAAUUCUUAAAUUGGAUUUCAGGGAAACUAUCUUGCCUCUGAAUAUUAAGCUGGGGUUGCUGAUAAUGGAACAGUAGUUGAACCUCAAACCAAAUUGAAAGGGAUAAACAAGAAAAAAGUCAAUACUCCCAGUUGACCAUUUAGCCAUCCACUUAAACCUCAUGUUGAGUUAUAUGUUGAGAGCAUUUUGCCUAAGUAUUGCUCGUGACAAGUGUCUUAGAUUCUUUAUACAUUGGGCAGAUUGCAUUGUGUAUGAACUAGGUUUAUACUGAUUAUGCACCCCUUUUUCAUACUGUAUUAAUAAUACUGUAUUAAUAAUAGUCAUCUAUUAAGUCCAUGGAAGGACGGUAAGUGUGCAUUUAGGUGGAUGUACUGUAAUUUCAGUACGUGUAGAAGUCAUGAACUAUAUAUUUUGCAGAAUUGUGAAUUGAAUCGAUGUGUGAUGUUUAACAGACUAUGAACAAAAUACAUUUGAUUUUAAAAUAAAAAUAUUUUUCUAAGUGGAUAACAAUGACUUGAGUGUAGUCAAGUAUAAACUUCAGUUCAGCACUAUCCCAUGUGGGGGCGCAAUCAUAAUCUUGUUGAUCAGAAAUGGUGGCUAUCUAUCUUUAGGUACUGUUACUGGUUACAACUAGAGAGGGUACAAUUUCUGGGGAAAUUGUAGGGUGUG